AUGGCGUCGCCUAGAGAAACAGUUGAUUCAUCGGUGCCUGCUUCACAAGUAAGCCUUCAUAUAUCAUGCAGAAAAUUGGUGAAUAAAGAUCUUUUAUCCAAGUCCGAUCCAAUGGUUGUAGUUUACCAGCAAGAUGAAAAUGGAUAUUACAAGGAGUUUGGUCGAACAGAAUGCAUCAAGGAUAACUUAAACCCUAAAUUUAUCAAAUCAUUCACCAUGACUUACUUCUUUGAAGAACUUCAAAUGAUUCGUUUUCAUGUUUACGAUAUUGAUGGAAAUUCUAGCAAUUUAGACAAGCAUGAUUUUCUGGGUAGAAUGGAAUGUAGUUUAGCUGAAAUAAUGAGCCAUGGCGGGAUUCUAGAAAAGCCUCUAACCUGCAUCAUUAUAACCCUCUCAUCUUAUGUAAUAGAGGCAUUAAAACCAAGAAAAAUAGUACUAUUACAAGUAAUCUCGGCGGAAGAAAUCAAUCCCUGUAACGACAUAAUUACAUUUCACUUUCAUGGUAAAAACUUGGAUAAAAAGGAUUUAUUUGGUAAAUCAGAUCCAUUCCUUGUUUUUUAUAGAAAAGGUAGUGAUGGCAGCUUUGUUGCCGUUCAUAAAACUGAAGUUAUUAAAAGGACCCUAAAUCCUAAAUGGAAAGAAUUUAAAAUUCCAGCUCGAUUACUUUGUAAUGGUGAUUACUAUAGGGAGGUUAAGAUUGAAUGCUACGAUUGGGAUAGAGAUGGAGGCCAUGACUUAAUUGGCGAAGUAUAUUUCGUCCUACAGGAAGUUAGGCAUCAAGUUCUACCAGCAUCAUUCGAAUGUAUUAACCCAAAGAAGAAAUUAAAGAAAAAGAAAUAUACCAAUUCAGGCAUGCUUGUAAUGUUGAAGAUGGAAAUUCUCGAGCAGGGAACAUACAUAGAUUAUAUUCGAGGCGGGUUACAAAUUGAAUUUAAUAUCGGAAUUGAUUUUACUGCUUCAAAUGGAGAUCCUAGCAAACCUGAUAGUCUUCAUUAUAACUCUCCCAGACAACAAAAUCAAUACUUGAAAGCAUUAAUAGCUGUUGGUAAAGUUUGUCAAGAGUAUGAUAGUGAUAAGAGAUUUCCUGCAUAUGGGUUUGGUGGUAAACUCCCAUCGGGAGAAAUUUCCCAUGAAUUUCACCUGAAUGGUGAUCCUAAUAAUCCUGAAUGUGUCACGAUGGAUAGUGUUGUACAAGCUUAUUCACACAGUUUAAAUACUGUACAACUUUAUGGGCCGACUAAUUUUGCACCAAUAAUAAAACGUGUAGCUCGCUAUUCUAUUUUAUUAAUGUUAACUGAUGGCCGUAUUUCGGAUUUGGCCGCAACUAAGAGAGUUAUUGUAGAGGCUUCCCAUCUGCCCCUAUCUAUCAUUAUAGUUGGCGUUGGCAAUGCUGACUUUACAGGUAUGGAGGUAUUAGAUGGAGAUGAAACUCGUUUAUCUUCCGGAGGAAGAGAAGCAGUUCGAGAUAUUUUUGUGCCAUUUUCUGACUUUCUGGUGAAUGGUACAUUAACUCAAUUGAGUGCUGUUAAAUUAGCUCGUGAAGUCUUGGCUGAAAUUCCAGAUCAAAUUUUGUCCUAUAUGGCAAUGAAUAGGAUCAAGCCCAAUCCUUCUCCGCCAUCCUAUCAAUUCUUAGCGUCUCUACCUGAUACUGCUAAUCAAGUCAAAUCCUCAGCUCCACUCUAUAAAAAGUAG